GAAAGUCGGGCUGGACUGGUACGAGUUGCUUUGUUUUGGAAGUCCCACUGCGUAACUUGCGUCCCAGUGUAAUUAAUUCUGUACCAUGUGCCCGUAUCCUGCAAAGGGCCUAUUCUUACUCUUUUGAGCCUUUAAUUAAUCUUUUUUUUUUAAACAAAAAAAUAUAUUAUUAUUACCAUUAUUUUAUUUCACUUAAAAAAUCAUCAUGCAGUUGUACUCUUGAUAAUGUAGUUGAAUCUUAAAUUGUAGCUUGAAACUUGCUGUUUUGUAUCUUUCAGGUCAAGCUACUGCAGAAGAAUCAGAGAAUUAUAAAAGUAUAUAUGUUCCUAAAAGAACAAAUUACACUCUGAUGGUAGCCAACAGCAUGCCACUGACUAAGACACGUUGUGACUACUCUGAAGCAAAUGUUCUUAUACUGAUGAAGGAGGCGGGAAAUGAAUCCCCUAGUAGAUUGGCUGCCAUACCUCAACAAGAAUUGAAAACAGACUUCAUUAUUGGGGUCAUAACCAGCCAAACCAGAGAGACGUUCCAGCUAGGAAAGGUUUCUUUGCUCUGCAAUGUGACAAGUACUGGCCAUGAUGAGUUCAAGCUUCAUUUAAAGCUUGAGAUUGUGAUUCCGGGAAUGACUACAAACCACCCAACAUUUGAUGAAGUCUAUUUGGAGGUGAGAUGCCUGAAAGGAAAUGACGUCACAAGACAUGAAGCUGGGCACUAUCGCCUGGUGUACUAUGAAACAAGACAGGGUUCAGCUUUAAAUAGCAUCAGCUUUACACAGGCAUCACAAAGUCUUGGCUUGCCAGCAACUCCAAGUCCUGACCCAGGUCCUUCAGAGAAGACGGAAAAUCCUCCAGCUGGUACACCUACAAAUUAUUCAACUGUGACACCAAGUUUGAAGUCAGAUCCUGAUGGUUAGUUCAUAAAUACUUGCAUAGGUACUUAAAUAGAGACUUUCUAACUAGGAGGGUUGUUGAGA